GGCUGUGGCUCUCUGGGCGGACCUGGCAAAGCGACCCCCCGUAUUCUGUGGCGGAGACGGUGGGAGUGAGUCGAUGUGAAGGGGGGAAAGUUGCCCUGACGUCACGUAGUGUUGGGGAGAAAGAUGGCCACGUUAACCAACGGCGGGGUCCAGCAGGUGGGAGACAGCCUGAGCAGCAGCCACAGCCACAGCCACCACCAGCUCCAGCUCCAGCUCGGCACCGCCAACGGGCCUAUGAACGGACUCAGUCACGGCCACAGCAGCAGCAGCAGCAGCGCCGCCGCCGCCGCCACCACCACUAUCCCCAUGAAGGACCACGAUGCCAUCAAACUUUUCAUCGGUCAGAUCCCCCGCAACCUGGAGGAGAAGGACCUCAAGCCCCUGUUCGAGGAAUUCGGGAAAAUCUACGAGCUCACCGUACUGAAGGACCGCUUCACCGGCAUGCACAAGGGUUGCGCCUUCCUGACAUACUGUGCAAGAGAAUCUGCUCUAAAGGCCCAGAGCGCAUUGCACGAACAGAAAACACUACCUGGGAUGAACAGACCGAUCCAGGUGAAGCCUGCGGACAGUGAGAGCAGAGGAGAAGACAGAAAAUUGUUUGUGGGCAUGCUGAACAAACAACAGUCAGAGGAAGACGUACGAAGACUAUUCGAAGCUUUCGGUAACAUUGAAGAAUGCACAAUCCUUCGAGGGCCGGAUGGAAAUAGCAAAGGAUGUGCCUUUGUCAAGUUUUCUGCACACGCUGAGGCCCAGGCAGCCAUCAACGCCUUACAUGGUAGCCAGACGAUGCCAGGGGCUUCCUCCAGCCUCGUGGUAAAAUUUGCGGACACCGAUAAGGAGCGUACGAUGCGUCGCAUGCAGCAGAUGGCAGGACAGAUGGGGAUGUUCAACCCGAUGGCCAUCCAGUUCGGCGCGUACGGUGCUUAUGCCCAAGCGCUGAUGCAGCAGCAAGCCACGAUAAUGGCCUCGGUCGCCCAGGGAGGCUACCUGAACCCAAUGGCAGCGUUUGCGGCAGCACAGAUGCAACAGAUGGCAGCCUUGAACAUGAACGGAUUGGCAGCUGCCCCAAUGACCCCAACAUCAGGCGGAAGCACGCCUCCCGGUAUCACGGCACCAGCUGUGCCGAGCAUCCCGUCUUCGAUCGGAGUGAAUGGUUUCACUGGCCUCCCACCCCAGGCUAAUGGGCAACCAACAGCCGAAGCCGUCUUUGCCAACGGGAUCCAUCCUUACCCAGGGUCGGCCCAUGAGUGGUCUCCAGAGGCCAGGCAGGACGUUUCAUCCGGCCCUCGAUGCGCUCUUUUAUUAUUCACUAGAGCCGGCUCGCCAGUCCUCCCAAUCGGUCAGGCGGGAGAUGAAAACUCCAACCAGAUGUGGCACACAGUAAGCUCCGUCUGCACGCACGCGCAAAGUCCAACCACCGCUGACCCCUUGCAGCAAGCAUACGCAGGAGUCCAGCAAUACGCAGCUGCCUAUCCUGCUGCGUAUGGCCAGAUCAGUCAAGCCUUUCCACAGCCUCCUCCUAUGAUCCCCCAGCAACAGAGAGAAGGUCCGGAGGGCUGCAACCUGUUUAUCUAUCACCUCCCUCAGGAGUUCGGAGACGCUGAGCUCAUGCAAAUGUUCCUGCCUUUCGGUAAUGUCAUCUCCUCAAAAGUGUUUGUGGAUCGAGCGACAAACCAAAGUAAAUGCUUUGGUUUUGUGAGUUUUGACAAUCCUGCCAGUGCCCAGGCUGCCAUCCAGGCAAUGAAUGGCUUUCAGAUCGGCAUGAAGAGGCUGAAAGUACAACUCAAGAGGCCAAAGGAUGCCAACCGCCCUUACUGAACCGCUGAAACCGAACUGAGACCUGAGAGCUAUUACAGGGCGGACACUGGAGAGGACCCCAUGUACAAUACAAUAAUAAAAGUACUGUUAAAAUAAACCUUUGGACAUAUCAGCAUACGCCAAUCAAGCUGAAGACUUCUUCAGACUUUUAACCUUGACUGCUCUGAUUGUUUAGACUGUUGAGUCUCUUCGGAAAAAAAAUGUAUGACUUCUGCUGAAGGAUGGUGUUUUGAACGGCUGAAAGGAGAUAACACAAAAGAUGUCAGGAGCUUGUAGAGCAACGAGUUGGCUUUCAGAAACAUUUGAACAGGAUUUAAUAAGGAGUGCCUGUUAUUAUCAUGGAUACAGUUGCAAUGGGCGCACAUGGUAAACAGCCACUAAGAAUCUUACCUGUCAUUCCUUAGGUAUUUAGGGACCAAAAAGACCAAACUUUUUAUUGCAGACUUGUAGUGGUAUGUAAAUUAUGGAUUUCCGUCCUUCUCUCGCUGUUCCUAUAACAGUCCGAAGAGUUUAUCUUGAAUUGUAAAAAAAAAAGUAAUAAUAUUAAUGAUGAUAAUACUUAAACUGCUUUCAAAUAAGCAAGAUUGUAGCUCUUUGAUACUUCAAGAGGCACUUUGGUAUCAUUAAUUCAAGUAAGUAGUUUUCAUAUGGUUUACUGUUAACUUUUGUGAAGAGGGAGCGUUUCAGAUUGGCUUAAAUUGUGGGGGAAGCAAACAAAAACUUACUUACUGAUGAGAGAAGGAGAGAGAAAGAGAGAGAAAGAGGACUAUUUUGGAAAUAGGAUUAUUGCUUGGAAAUGGUUCAUUGUGUUGAGGAUACCCUUCCCUUCGAGAUAAAAGCAAAAUAAAUAAAUCAAUAGUUGUACAGA